CACGAAUAUGGCAGUUAAAAACAGUUUAAAUUAUUAUUAUUAAAGUUAUAUUCUCUGAUCAAAAAUUGAAAAAAAAAAUGGGGAAAAUUAUCUGUAUUUUGUUUUGUCUCCUUAUAAUUUUGUCGUCAAGUGAGGCUUAUAAGAUCUUGGCAGUGCUUCCUAUACCGAGCCCCAGUCAUGGCAUUCUUGGAGAUAACUUGGUCAGGCAUCUUCUGGACGCUGGACACGAAGUAACUUAUGUAACGCCAUUCACGAGCAAACAGAAGAACCACACAAACUUGCAUAUAGUGGACGUGGAUGCCAACCAUGUAAUAUAUGAGGACGGAGAAGACCAGCUGGAUUUCCAGCAGAUUUUGGACCAAAAGGCAACCGUAGUUGACUCACCAUUUUUAUUUUGGGUUUUGUCCAACGUUGCUGAUAUGACACUAAGCAACCCGAACGUCCAGAAACUGAUGAGGGAUCCACAGCAGAAGUUUGACGUUAUUAUCGUCGAAUACAUAUUCACAGAUGUGUUUUCAGCCUUGUCAGCGAUUUACCAAUGCCCUUUCAUCUGGUUUUCUACCAUUGGACCUCACUGGAUGGUACUGAACCUGGUCCAUGGGCCUUUGAAUCCAGCCUACAAUACUGACUUCCUUCAAGCUCGAAUUCCUCCCUUCCAAUUCUUGGGAAGAGUCGAAGAACUGUGGACGCAGGUGAAAGGCCUGUAUCGUCAUAAAUUUGACUUUUAUUACGAGGAAGAACGCAUUUAUCAAAAUCGGAUAGUCCCUAUCCUGCAGGCGCAGGGUAAGCCAGUGCUUGAUUUUAAUGUCAUAAAAUAUAAUGCAUCAUUAUUGUUGGGCAACUCGCAAGUAGCGCUUGGUGAUGCAGUGCCCUUGCCACCUAAUUAUAAACAUAUAGGUGGCUUCCAUAUUGAUGAAGUGGUGAAGCCUUUACCAGAGAAUUUACAAAAGAUCAUGGACGAUGCAGAGCACGGAGUCAUAUACUUCAGCAUGGGCUCCAAUUUGAAGAGUAAGACUAUGCCCAAUGAACUGAAGAAAGGUCUGCUUGAGGUGUUCGGAUCAUUAAGGCAGACAGUCUUGUGGAAGUUUGAGGAGAAUCUACUGGACCGGCCGAAAAAUGUCCAUAUCUUGCAAUGGGCACCACAACAGAGUAUAUUGGCCCAUCCCAAUCUCGUACUUUUCGUCACUCACGGUGGUCUCCUAUCACUCACCGAAGCGGUCUACUUUGGCGUCCCAGUUAUAGCUAUUCCAGUCUUCUCUGACCAGUUCCUCAAUGCAAACCAAGCUCAACAUAAAGGAAUUGGAGAACAAAUUGACCUCUCCUACAACUUAGAUAAGGAUCUGAAGGUCACUUUGGAUAAAAUUCUUGGUGAUCUUCCCAAGUACACUGCCAGAGCAAAGGAAGUAUCUGCAGCAUAUCGCGACAAUCCAAUAAAACCUGGACAGGAGUUGAGCUUCUGGGUGGAGCACGUGGUGCGCACGCGCGGCGCCCCACACCUGCGCUCGGUGGCGCUACAAGUGCCGCUGUACCAACAAGCGUACCUAGAUCUGCUAGCUGUGCUGCUGGCAGCUGCUGUUGGUAUAUUACUGGUGGUAAAGAAGAUUGUAUGUUUACUUACGUCGAAGAGUAAGAAGCUAAAGAAGAAUUGAUUUACUUUUAAAUCUAUGUUUAAUGGUGGACGUCUUUUUAUAAAAGCUUGUUUAAGCGUGAAUUCAAUGAUUGGAAGUUGAUUGCUUUAAUAGGAGGGAUUUUCAGAAAGACUUUAGACAAGUAAUAUUGUUCAUUACAUUUGUGUAUGAUUCAUGCUCCUACGCCGAUGUUGCGCCACCAAUAAUAAUGAUUACUACAAGGCACAAGUUGAUGCACAUUAUUUUAUUGCUAUGUCUGAUACAAAUGAUAAAUAAUAAGUGAUAAAAUAUAUCGACGCUGGAAAGGCAAAAUGUAUUAACCGCCAUUAUGUGAAUUGUUCAGUAGAGCGAUUUGAAGUUUCAAAUUUUGCAAAAAAAAAUCAUAACUAAUUAAUUACUGGAGCUUUUUCAU